AUGCCCACAAAAGACGAAUCGGCAGCGAGCCGCACGAAGCGCUUCGCCAAUCAGCGUCCUGGUGGUGACGUCCCGUGCUGGCUUCGUCGAACCUACACGCGGACGAUCCCGAAGGACAUUCGCACGACACAGGAGCUGCAACGCUCCUUCGAGGAUAUACGAGAGCAGUGGCGGGAUCUCUGCGAGGCUUACACGCAUGCAAAGGCCAAAUCUUCUUGGCAAGUGGAGUCCGCCAUUGAGGAGACUGUUCCACAUGGCACUCGUAGUGCGGUAGAGCGCCUGGUAAGCCAGCUGAAGUCGGUGAAGCAGGAGUUACUGGCUCACCUGUCGAGGCUCUCUGGGGCGCUCGCCGGACCCGCUGCCCCGCUGCCGACUGAGGCCUCCGCCUCCGCGCUGCCUGCCUGGGUGAGUGACGUGAUGGGGUGCAGCCACAACUCCCGUGCGCGCACGGUGCGCGUGGAGCCGUGCUCGGAAGCGAUGCAGAGCUACCUGCAGGCGAUUUGGCUGGCGCGGCGAGUUUGGGUGUGGUCCCUCUGCUUUGCGAGCGUCGCGAUGGACCUGGAGCUGCUGUCGGGCAGCGUCAGUGUCGCCGCGGAGCUCUUCUUCGGCAACGCGUUUGACACAGCCGUGGCACCCGAACUAGGUGAAGCACAUCUCACACAGAGGGACAGCCGUGCUUUCCACAGCGCCUACAACAUGGGCGGCUCCAUUUCAGAAGCACUCCUCUAUGCGACUGUGGAAGCAACAGCAGCGAAAGAGCCAACUGAGAGUCGAGCAGGCAACGCGAUUGCCCGCCUCGACGAUUCCGAUUCGCCACCGCACUUCGCCGCUAAAGUGGAUGAGGAGGCGUGUGAGGUGGCUGCCUUUUUCGGCUGCAGUGUGUCGGCUGCGCGAUACACCGCCGACACUGUAGCAGGAGUGCCCUCAACGCACGCAGACUCGCACGCGGCGGCGGUGAAGGGCGAAGGCCGCACGCGUUCGCUAGAGACCUCUUCAGCACCGUGGGUGCGCGAUCUGUUUUGGGUACACGCUGUUGCGCUGUGCUACAGCGUGAUGGCGCGUGAUGACACAAGCGCGGCACGUUUGCUCUCGGUCUUCGAGACGGCGAAGCGUUCUUUUUCCGUCGAGGAAGCGGAGGGGAGCACGGAGGGCACUGAACCUUCAUCCCUGACCACUGCGAAGGCAGCCGAGCAACCUAACCCGUUGCAGCAGUCGCCGGUGCUACAGGCUGCCACCGUAUUCGUACUGCUCGCGGCGAAGCUGAUAGCCGAUGAGGACUACAACGCUGUUCAGCAGCUUCUUCACCGCGCUGGCUUCGGCAGCUGCGACGGCAGGCGCUCUGAGAGUGGUGCGCAGGGCUGCUCGACCUUGUCGCUGGCCGCACUGUGCCCACAAGGUGUUUUGCUGCGCUUCUUGAUUCGCCUUUUGGCAGAACAUGUGGUGCGACGGCAAUGGACAGAGCGUGGGCUGGGGCAGGCCUUUCGACCCAUGGAACCGUUCGAUGUCGGCGCCGAUGCCGCCGCGGCGGGGUCAGGCAUCCCGAACGCCUCUAAUCGACAUCGGCUGGCGUGCGCGCUGGCGACCCGUGCGUCCACUGAUGAUACGGCAGAGCGCACCCAACCCGGCAGCUGUGUAACCACAUGGUCUCUCUUCCAUGCCACGCAGCAUCUCUGCGAUGCUUUGCAGAUGGCCGCCCUGCGGAGCAUGGGCGGCGACUGGCCACUGCCCCCGGCACUGCUGAGGCAUGCCUUUGCGUAG